GGAAGUGAUGGUGUGAUAAUCACAGGAGUACCUGUCUGGCUUAUUUUCAGACCAUUUGCAGAGUGUCAGACUGUCAGAGGACAGCCUGAAGAAUAUUCUGAGAGUUUGUGGAGAGAAAAGUCAUGAUGUCUGAUUCCAGGGUGUCGUCUGUCAUCCAGGAGUGGGUGAGCUCAUACCCAGGUCAGCCCCACACCCACUCCCACACCCAGACCCUGAACCCCACCACUUCCAACAUGGCUGGUUCGACUAAUCAGCUGACUCCGAUGGACAUGAUCUCAUACAGUCAGUCUCAGGGACUGGUCAGGGGGGGCGGUGAUGACAGAGUGGCUGAGCAGAUGAUGGGAAUGUCGUACCUGCCGUACACGUCGACCUGUCUCAGCAACACUUCGAGUGCAGGGAGCACAAACCACCACCAGAGCCAUACCAACACUCAACAGGACUUCUCUCCCUUCCUCCUGCCAACCCUGCGGGCUCCAGUGACCAAGAGGAGCAUCAGCAAGGACAGUGCAGAGUACCGCAUGCGACGUGAGAGGAACAACAUCGCAGUGAGAAAGAGCCGGGAUAAGGCCCGCAGGAGGAUCCUGCUGACCCAGCAGAGGGCCAUGCAGUUGCAGGAGGAAAACCAGAAGCUGCAGAUGCGAAUAGGGCAGCUGACACAGGAGCUGGACACUCUCAAACACAUCCUGUCACAGCGGCACCAGCAGGGAACCGAGGACGGAGCAGCGGGGGAGUCUACUCUUUGAACACAGCCAAGAAGCACAUGUUUACCUGGUAUUCACAUCUAAUUACAAGCAUCAGAUUAAUCAUUAAUAUGUCUAGUCAGACCCCCAAGACUCAAACCCCAAAGUCUCCUCGUUGAUUUCUCAAAUAGUCUCCAACAAGGCAAACAUUUGUGAUAAAUCAGGAA